AUGUCUACCAACAAUGAUGUCUACCAGACUCCUCUCAACUCGCGAUAUGCGAGCACCGAGAUGAAAUACCUUUUUUCUCCAAGAAAGCGAUUUUCGACAUGGAGACAAUUAUGGCUAUGGCUUGCAGAGUCUGAGAAGGAGCUUGGACUCCCCAUUUCCGACGAAGCGAUCGAGCAGUUGAAGGCGCAUAUUAUCAUCCAGGAUGAUGAGUUCAAGGUUGCGGCUGAGGAAGAGAAGCGGAGGAGACACGAUGUCAUGGCCCAUGUCCAUGCCUACGGACAGGUUGCACCGGCCGCAGCAGGAAUCAUCCAUUGGGGCGCUACCUCAUGCUAUUGCACGGACAAUGCGGAUCUCAUUUUGCUUCGUGAUGGGCUUGAUAUCUUAAUCCCUAAGCUCGCCGUUGUGAUUGACAAGCUUGCUGCUUUCGCUAAGGAAUACAAGGACAUGCCCUGCCUUGGAUUCACCCACGGACAGCCCGCUCAGCUGGUGACUGUUGGCAAACGUGCAUGCUUGUGGAUCCAGGACCUUUUGAUGGAUCUGAGGAAUCUCGAGCGGGCCCGCAACGACCUGCGAUUCCGCGGAGUUAAAGGCACCACUGGUACUCAGGCUUCCUUCCUUCAAAUCUUCGACGGGGACCACGGCAAGGUUGAGAAGCUGGAUGAACUUGUUACCGAGAAAGCUGGGUUUGAGUCUGCAUUCAUCAUUUCUAGUCAGACAUACUCUCGAAAGAUCGACGUUGACGUAGCUAACGCCCUCGGCUCUUUUGGGUCGACUUGCGAGCGUAUUGGCAUUGACAUCAGACACCUGGCAAUGCUGAAGGAAGUUGAGGAGCCUUUCGAAAAGGAUCAGAUUGGAAGCAGCGCAAUGGCCUAUAAGCGCAACCCCAUGCGGUCUGAGCGUCUGUGCUCUCUCGGAAGACACCUUCAGAAUCUCCCCAAAGAUGCUCUGGAUACCUAUUCUGCUCAGUGGUUUGAGCGUUCUCUGGAUGACAGCGCCAUUCGCCGUAUCAGCCUUCCGGAGUUGUACCUCUCUGCUGAUGCCUGCCUUAUUCUUUUAAACAACAUUACUUCUGGAUUCGUCGUUUAUCCCGAAGUUAUCAAGAGACGCGUGAACGACGAGCUUCCUUUCAUGGCCACGUAA